CACACAAUUAGAAUCACAUCUUCAUUUGAACACUCAUAUCUCAUCCAAGUCCUAAAAACUUCUUCCUCAAUCCACACUUUACCAAAGAAACAAAGAACUCCAUAUCUUCUUCAAGUUUUCUUUCACGUAUAUAUGAUCAUGGAAGCAAUCAUCAACAACAUAUUUUCAGGCCAAGAUCUGUUGAUCAAGGUUGGGAUGUUCUUUUUGGUUCAAGCUUUGGUGUACCUCAUCCUUUCCAAAUCAUCAAGCAUCUUCUCUAAUAAUGAUCUCAAGAGGUCUCACACCUUCCGGCCGGCUCGGUCCCUCAGCAUCCGCCGCUUCAGGGCGGCUCUCGCCGACUUGCCUGCCGAGCUCUCUCCUUCGGAUCAACGAGGCCCAUCUACGCCGACACCACCGGCGGCGACGCCUAAAUCUGCGGCCACCACUCGCCGUCAGUAUCAUGCAUCUAAUUAGGUUAAUUCCCUGAGUUUGUUAGAUAGAAUAUUGGUCAUACAUUUGCUUUUGUUUUUGGAGAUUUAGUACUUUUGCAAUUUGAUUAUUUGUUUGGGAGUGUGAGAGAAUAUUCUUUUAUUCUUUUGUAUAUUAUACGGUUGUGUAUAUAAAUCAGAUGGUUAUUGCAGUCUAUGUGAAAUCAUUUCACUAGAUUGGAUGUCAUGUAAU